GGAAGCUCUCAAUAUUUUCUACUGUAUCUCUGCACUCAGGCCGGAACAUAUAUCAAGGAAUUUGUUCAUGGGGAUCUCGGGCGGACUCACCCAAGCGUUGGAUCAAUCCUUGGAUGCAGAGCAGAGAUAAUGCAACUUGAUGUUACAGACGUCAAAAUGGACUGUUUUCUAACUGGGUGAGGCAAUACGCAUUCCAAUAUAGUUUUUCAUGUAUUUGAACCAUAUUUUUGUCCUUUUAUCUUGAUUAAAUACUUAUUUACUGCAAUUUUGGGGUAAAGCCACGUUUGUCCACAAAGGGUGCCGAUAUAUCCACCCUUUCGGUGUUUCUUGAAUAGUUUGGAAGGUGGCAAGUUGAUUGUCAUUGUUUAAUAAUUGAUCUUUUAAAAA